UACUCUACAAAGAGUCCUGUUUCUGUAGAAAUUAAUUAAAACAAGAGGUAAGAAAUAUUGCAGGCUAAAAAGCAUAAGAAUGGCCGCGGAGCAGAUUCAUAUUCCAAGAGUGAAACUGGGAAACCAGGGAUUUGAGGUUUCGAAGCUUGGGUUUGGUUGCAUGGGGCUUAGUGGAGUCUAUAAUGCACCUGUGCCUGAAGAAGUUGGCAUAUCAAUCAUCAAACACGCAUUCAACAAAGGAAUAACUUUCUUUGAUACCUCAGACAUUUACGGACCACAUACUAAUGAAGUUUUGGUCGGAAAGGCACUGAGGGAAUUGCCUCGAGAUAAGAUUCAGUUAGCCACAAAAUUUGGUGUAGUCAAAAUAGGGACUGAUGAAGUUGAGGUGAAUGGAACCCCUGAAUAUGUCCGGUCUUGUUGUGAAGCAAGCCUGAAACGCCUCAAUGUGGACUACAUCGACCUCUAUUACCAGCACAGAGUGGACACAACAGUCCCUAUAGAGGACACUAUUGGGGAACUGAAGAAAUUGGUGGAAGAAGGAAAAGUAAAGUACAUUGGGCUAUCUGAGGCUAACGCAGACACAAUAAGGAGAGCACAUGCAGUUCAUCCCAUCACUGCUCUACAAAUGGAGUGGUCUCUUUGGACUCGUGACAUUGAGGAAGAAAUCGUCCCGCUUUGCCGGGAACUUGGAAUAGGGAUAGUCCCAUAUAGCCCUCUUGGCCGCGGAUUUUUUGGUGGCAGAGCAGUUGUUGAGGGUGUGCCUGCAAAUAGUUUCCUGGAAAUAAAUCCUCGGUUUCGAGGGGAAAAUUUAGAGAAAAACAAGAUUUUGUAUACUGAACUGGAGAAGUUGGCUGGAAAACAUGGAUGCACCCCUGCACAACUUGCACUUGCGUGGGUUCUCCAUCAAGGAGAUGACGUGGCACCUAUACCUGGGACAACUAAGACUAAAAAUCUUGAUGAUAACGUUGGUGCGUUCAAAGUGAAGCUAAACAAUGAAGAUGUGAAGAAGAUCUGUGACUUGGUACUAAUCAACGAGGUGGCGGGAGAAAGAAUUCAUGAUGUCUUCAUUCGAUGCUCAUGGAAGUUCGCAAACACACCACCUAAGAAGUAAGAAUGGCGAUGGAAAAUUACCUUAUUGUAUUGUGGUGUUCAUCAAAUACCACUCAGCUACUACAGCAGAGUCACCAAGUGUUUUCUGGUUAGAUUUCAGAAGAACUUUUGUAAUAAAGAAUGGUGACUUGUAAGUGUCCUUUGUGUAUGAUAAUGAAUAAUGACUGAUGUUUAGUUCGCAGCCAGAAGUGGCUUCUUGGCAUGGUUUUGAAUUAUGUUUUUGAUAGGCACAGCGACCGUAGUUGUGAUUACUCCCAACGUCCUGCGGCCAAGCCUUCAUCAAAUUUA